AUGAGCAACGAACAUUCCCCGAAUCAGGUUCCAAUUGGAUCUGCACCGAGUACCGAUGAGACCCCGGCAGGUCCACGAUAUGAAACUGGGGCGCACCUCCUCAUGUGUCCCCUCACAUGUCCCCCGAGAAGCAAUGAUAAUUUUAUCAACGUGGUGGCUGAGUACCGUAGUGAGAUUGACAAGUACCUCGAUAGCGUAACACCGUUCCAAGACGAAUUCCGAGCUGUUGUUCUGUAUUCCAGCGGGGUGACAGGAAAGACUACUCUUGCCGUUCACUACGCAGUGACGAGUUUUGAUCUGAUUAAACAUUAUUGGCCGGAUGAGACUUGCGAUGGGCGAGCUAUCAUCACAACAAAAAGUGAUGCGCUCGCUCUGGGUAGCUUUGGCAAACUCCCAUCGCUGAAGCCUGAAGCAUUCAUACGGGUGAAGGCAAUUAAUAUCCAACAAAAGAGUAUCAAUGAGACAAUACGCGACCUGCUCAAAAUCGAGGCUCAUCUCCCUAUCGGAUCAACCCUCGAUUAUUCCAAUAUCGAAAGAGAAGAUAUUUACCGUCUCUGCAGCAGACUCAAAGGUAACAUGCAAGAGAUGAUAAUCAUGGGAGCGCUCCUCGGUCGGAAGAUAUAUAUCACUGAGGCCAUGAGUGAUUAUUUUAAAAGGUUGGCGUAUCAGCCCAGUGACCACCAAUCACCAGUCUGGCCUUUGGUCUUUAAGUCUCUAAAUUCCAACUCUCAGAGUCUAUUAUCGAUUACAGCCUUCCUAUAUGGAGAAAUGGGCAUCCACCUUGAUUUGUUUAGAGCUCGACCGCUCCCUGAGGAUAUGGCUUGUUGCAAAAAUGAUGCGGAGCUGCGAAUAUCACUUAAAGAACUCAGUGAUCUAUCUCUUAUUUCUUGGAUGGAAGAGCUAGAUCUUAUUGGAAUUUCACACACCACGCAAACAAACUUCCUCAAAUGGCUGGGCGAAGAAGGUGUGUCCGUCAGCUUGGAAAGAGCCACAAAGCUUCUUCAUGGAAUUUUUCACGAGCAAAUCCGUGCCAAUGUUGAGAAACAGGGCAUGAGAGACUACGAUGUCUUCUUCUUUUGCCUACCACAUGGAUCAAGCUACCUCAUGGCCCUGUCUUAUAUCGCGACGGGAAAUUAUUCAAAGGCCCUUGAAUGGUUUUGGAGAGAAAGUGAUGCCUGGAGGGCAAAUACUUCUGUUCCCCCGGGGACAAGCCGUGAUAGUCGGCCGUUGCCUCCAAUGCUGAUGGCCCAAGAAGGCUGGGCUUGUUUGUUACUCAAUGAUCUAGAUUCGGCCAAGCCGCUCCUCGAGUCGGCACUUGAAUACAUCAAACCAGAGCAUCAAUAUGACUCGGAAGCUACAGGCACAAUAGAAUUUGUCAAUUUCCAUCUUGCCAAGCUACGGAUUCACGAAAAGAAUUUCGCAGAUGCGAAAGAGAAGCUGUUGACUGCACAAUGUUGUAUCAGGGAAUAUCCUUUGCAGGAGUUCUCGCAGUUCCAUGCUUCAUAUCUAUAUUAUCUUGCUUUGUGUGAGAUGGAACUGGGAAACCUCCAACAGGCCAGAACGUACAUUGAUUCUACAGCUCGCAUCACACGUAUCUACCAAGAUGAGAUGCCCAUGGAGCACGCUCGUUGUCUUCAUAUGAGAUCUCGAGCCGACAGCCACUACAGGACGAAUCCGUGA